CUUUUCCAUAGGUUUAAAGGCAGAUCAAUCGAUACAUCGCAAAGUACGCCACGCCACUGUUUCUAAGGGACAACAAAACAUGAGCGGAGAGUUACAACGUCACUAUCGAAGAUACGCAUUUUUCGACUUAAAGCAUCGAUAAUAAUUAACGACUCAUAAAAUGAAAGAAGAAAAGUCUUAAUGCAUGAAACUGUCUCUGAAGGACGAAUCGAUUGUAUUAUUCCAAAAAAAACAUUGGAAUGGAAAAUGAAGCUACUCAAGUAUACAUUGAAUUAAGACAAUGGGUUCUACGAGUCCACGAUAGAGAUUUUUGCGCUACGUGUUUCCCAAAAAUUGCUGCUCCUAAUUUGAACGAGAACCUAAGUUCCAUUAUUGUUGUUUUCCACGAGAAGCGGAAAGUCAAGCGAUUCUCAUUUGCACAUCAAAGUGAAAUUACAGCCAACAGGUCCUGUUCCGGCAUAGUCAACAUGAGUUCCGACAGCUCAGUAAUCAAACGAGUGUGUCUGGAGGCAAAAGCUGGAAGUCCGGCCGUUAAAUAUCGGAUACAGCUCUUAGACGAAUCUUUGAUUGACGAAAGUGUAGAGUUUUUGGCGAAGGAACUAUUGCCAUCGACAAAAGGUUACAUGGCGAUUAUUUCAAGUCUCGGUUUCUUGUCAGACAAAGAUGCAUGCGACGAAAUAAAGAGUGUAUUAAGAAAACACUUUUGCGAGGGAAUCUCCUUAGCAGCUUUGCUUGAGGAUGACUCGGGAAAUUGUGGACCUUUGAUCGGGUGUAAUGUUUUGUUUAAGGAGAGUACAUCAGAGAGAGAAUAUCGGACGGAUAAAAUGAAACUAUUCUACCAAACGUGGGCCGACUUAAAAAAAGGGGUGGACGUGCUCAAGACUUUCAACUGCUCGGACUUCAUCAAUUCCUGCGGCCUCUCGGUGGCAAGCGACUUCCGGGGUCAGGGCAUCGCGACAGAACUCUUAAGGGCGCGUGCUCAAGUCUGCCGGCUCACCAACAUCCCGGUCACCGCGAACGUCUUCAGUGGUCCCUACUCCCAUAAGGCGGCCGCCAAAGCAGGCUUCCAAACGCUCUCGGAGCUCGACCUCAGUACUUAUCGGAUAGACAACAGGAUCGUGUUCCCCGAAGCGAGAGGAUGGCCCACUGCUAAGUACAUGGCCAAUAAAUAUUUUUAGAAAGACACAUUUUAAUUUAGGAGCGUGCACGUAGUACGUCGCCUAUUGAGUUCUUGUAAGUGUCAAGGAUUUGGGUUGUAAAUACUUUUUCUCGUGGAAAAUUUCGCGAGACAACCGAUGGUGCUACUUAGAGUAGCUACGAAGUAGGGGAGAGUAAGGACAUGUUGAAAUGUGGAGCACUCAGGGCCCAAAAUGGCAGAAAACCUUUGAAAACGAAAAUAUCAUUAGAUUCCAAUAUCAAACCAAAAUGGCCGAGAAUGUUCAUAAAUGAGCGUCCUCCCGUAAUAAUGAGCAAAUUUAUGCGAAAAUUAUGUCAAAUACGUGCGCUUUACCAUCGACCGGUUGCACUAAUUGGACGUAUCUCUGGAACUGAUAUCUCUGGAAUCUAUAUCUGGAACUAAGCGCCCUAGGGGGAGGAAGGUAGAGGGGGGCUUGGAUUGACGGCGGAACCGGGCGUCGGGCUCAUUCCGUCCUAUACUCGCAAUGCUUUUCCAUGGCGCUCAGGUCCGUUUGACAGAACGCGCUAUCAGGCAUUCUAAAAUCCUCAAAAGGAACCCAAAUUGGCGCAUCACCGUAGUUAAUUAUAAUUCAUAGAUUGGCUAUUCUCUCGCGCCCUAAGAGCUCCAUCAUCUAUCCUCAAAAUUACCGACCUAUCCGUACUCUCCCUAUAGGUACUCUACUACUCUGCCGUGCUAAGG